AAUUAUUGAGGGGGAGGAAUCCUAUUCCUGGCUGCAUUCCUAAACUGACAAAGUCAUCCUUGUCAGCUACAUGCUUUGGCUUCAUCAAGCAACUUCAUCUCCAGAGAAGGUGAUGAAGGAGAAGAACAACAGCAAGUUGAUCGAGUUUUAGUUCGCGAUGGGGAACGAGAAGAACAAGGCUCACAACUUGAUGAGCCGGAUCGAAGCAAGAAAGCUGGGCUUGGCUCUGCUUGCCGGAUGCUGCGUGGUCAUCUUCACCUACUUCAUCUCCAUGUCUGAUACCACAGGGAACCGGCAACCGUAUGCGUCCUACACGGUGCGAGAAGACGCAGUUGCUGAAACCCAAAUUAUUCAACAGACUCUCGAAAUUGCAGGGAAAGAGACGGAGGAUCUGUCAGAAACCAACGCGAAUGCUCCUGCUGAUGAUGAAACGGUUGGUGGUCAGAAGAGAGAGGAGCCAAUCUGCGACGUCGUGAACCCGCGAUCGGAGUUCUGCGACAUCGUCGGCGACGUCCGCGUCCGCGGCGGUGGGAACUCCUCCGCUGUCACGCUGGUCUCUCCUCGCCGUGGUGAGUCCCGGUGGCAGGUCCUCCCCUACGUCCGCAAGCACAUGCGGAACAUCGCCAGGGUGUCUGUUCUCGCCACCGCUGACUCCCUCGCCGCUCCCCGGUGCACCAGCGUUCGGAACGUCCCCGCCAUAAUCUUCGCCCUCGGCGGCUUUACCGGGAACUACUACCACGACUUCACCGACCUGCUGCUCCCGCUCUUCCUCACCGCGCGCGAGUUCGACGGCGAGGUCCAGUUCCUGGUCACCAAUAUCCAGCCGUGGUGGCUCCUCAAGUACCGCCCGCUCUUCCGCCGCCUGACGCGCUACGAGAUCGUUGACCUUGACGGCGCCGCCGGAGCCGGCCAGGUGUUUUGCCACCCCCGCGUCAUGGUUGGCCUUCGCUUCCACGACGACCUCGUCGUGGACCCGCCGCGCGCGCCGCGAGGGCUCGCCAUGCGCGACUUCACCGGGUUCCUCCGCGACGCCUACGGGCUGCCACGCGGGCGCGCGGAGCGCGCGCCGAGGCCGAGGCUCCUCCUGGUGGCGCGCAAUCGGACGCGGCGGUUCGUCAACUUGCCGGAGAUCGCGGCGGCGGCGGAAAGGGUCGGGUUCGAGGUGGUGCGGGGGGACGCGAAGUUCGGGGAUGUGGCGGCCUUCGUCGGCGUGGUGAACUCCUGCGACGUGAUGGUGGGCGUGCACGGCGCCGGGCUCACCAACUUCCUAUUCCUGCCUGAGAAGGCGGUGCUGGUGCAGGUGGUCCCUUGCUGCGGUUUGGAGGUGAUGGCGGCGCACACCUUCAAACGACCGGCGGAGGACGCCGGCGUGCGGUACUUGGAGUACAGCAUCGCGGUGGAGGAGAGCACGCUGCUGGAGGAGUACCCGAGGGAGCACCCGGUGUUCACGGAGCCGGAGUCGGUGCACCGCCGGGGAUUCUACGAGAUGGCGGAAAUUUACUUGGGAAAGCAGAACGUGAGGCUCGACGUCGACAGGUUCCGGCCUGUCUUUCUCAGAGCCAUGGAGCUCCUUCACCACCAGUAGGAAGAUUACAGAAUUUAAUUCUGUUUUUUAUUUUCAUUAGAGUUGGUGCAACAGUGCCAUCGCUCGCGCAGAUUUGUUCAUACGAUGACAAAAAGGAAAUUGGAAUAUGAAAUGACAGGUGGUGAGAAUAUAUAAAACAGGGACCUAGACAAGGUCUCUUUCGGCAA